UAAGUAUAUAUAUAUAUAUAUAUUCCAAUCCAAUUAUUCCAUCUUCCAAUCUUUUCUCUUCCGCACUUAAUCUAAAACCGCUUUCUUUCUAUUCAAUUUUAAUUGGGCUUCGUCGUUUUAUUCUUCGAACCCUAACACUAGAACUAUUAUUCGUAUCUUUUUUAUUCCAAUCGAAAUUGCAAUUGGGGUUAAUUGAUUUUCGGGGGAGCUGAAUUACCGAGCGGGGAAACCACGAUCGGAAUUUUGAACGAUGUCUGCUGCCGUGUGCGGAAGCAAGAGAUCUUUCUUCGAAGAACUUGCCCCUUCGCCGCCACACUCCAAGAAGCUACGUUACUCAUCAUCAUCGAUUCGAUUCACUCCUCCUUCUCUCAUUGAUCGCCUUCGAACUUUUUUCCCUCACAUGGAUGAGCUGGUUCUAGAGAGAGUACUUCAGGAAUGUGGCAAUGGCAAUGAUCUAGAUGCUGCCAUCAAGAGGCUGAACGAGCUUUGCUUGGGGACUACUGAUGGAAAUACUGGAACUGUUGAAGAACCACAAGUUGAAGUUAAUGCGGACACAGAUAAAUUGGAAGAAGAUGAUGGACGUUCUGCAUCUGAUAACUUGCCGCCAGUGGACAACCUUCCUAAAGAUGGUGCAGAAUGGGUUGACUUUUUCGUAAGAGGAAUGAUGGUUGCUACUAGUGUUGAUGAUGCUAGAGCUCGAGCUGCUACAAUGUUAGAAGCCCUGGAGAAAUCAAUAAGUGCCCGUGUAAGUGCUGAAGCAACAAAUGUUCAGGAGGAGAAUUUGGUGCUAAAGGAGCAAAUUCAGGUGCUGACUAAGGAAAGGAAUUCUUUCAAAAAUGCAUUUAGAAUCCAACAUGAGCGAUUCUCUGAUUAUGAGGAAAAGAACCAAGAGUUGCAGCAGUUGAAGCAGUUAGUAUCUCAAUAUCAGGAACAGAUCAGAACUUUUGAAGUGAACAACUAUGCUUUGGCAAUGCAUUUGAACCAAGCUCAACAGAGCAACCCCAACUCCUUUCCACGGCAUUUCCCUCCUGAUGUCUUCUAA